AUGGCCAAUGGUACAGCUUCUAUAGCCAAUGGUACAGCUUCUAUAGCCAAUGGUACAGCUUCUAUAGCCAAUGGUACAGCUUCUAUAGCCAAUGGUACAGCUUCUAUAGCCAAUGGUACAGCUUCUGAAGCCAAUGGUAAAGCUUCUAUAGCCAAUGGUACAGCUUCUAUAGCCAAUGGUACAGCUUCUAUAGCCAAUGAUACAGCUUCUAUAGCCAAUGGUACAGCUUCUAUAGCCAAUGGUACAGCUUCUAUAGCCAACGGUACAGCUUCUAUAGCCAAUGGUACAGCUUCUAUAGCCAAUGGUACAGCUUCUAUAGCCAAUGGUACAGCUUCUAUAGCCAAUGGUACAGCUUCUAUAGCCAAUGGUACAGCUUCUAUAGCCAAUGGUACAUCUUCUAUAGCCAAUGGUACAGCUUCUAUAUGUAAUGAUACAGCUUCUAUAUGUAAUGAUACAGCUUCUAUAGCCAAUGGUACAGCUUCUAUAGCCAAUGGUACAGCUUAUAUAGCCAAUGGUACAGCUUCUAUAGCCAAUGGUACAGCUUCUAUAUGUAAUGAUACAGCUUCUAUAGCCAAUGGUACAGCUUCUAUAGCCAAUGAUACAGCUUCUAUAGCCAAUGGUACAGCUUCUAUAGCCAAUGGUACAGCUUCUAUAGCCAACGGUACAGGUUCUAUAGCCAAUGGUACAGCUUCUAUAGCCAACGGUACAGGUUCUAUAGCCAAUGGUACAGCUUCUAUAGCCAAUGGUACAGCUUCUAUAGCCAAUGGUACAGCUUCUAUAGCCAAUGGUACAGCUUCUAUAUGUAAUGGUACAUCUUCUAUAGCCAAUGGUACAUCUUCUAUAGCCAAUGGUACAGCUUCUAUAGCCAAUGGUACAGCUUCUAUAUGUAAUGAUACAGCUUCUAUAGCCAAUGAUACAGCUUAUAUAGCCAAUGGUCCAGCUUCUAUAGCCAAUGGUACAGCUUCUAUAUGUAAUGAUACAGCUUCUAUAGCCAAUGAUACAGCUUCUAUAGCCAAUGGUACAGCUUCUAUAGCCAAUGGUACAGCUUCUAUAGCCAAUGGUACAGCUUCUAUAGCCAACGGUACAGCUUCUAUAGCCAAUGGUGCAGCUUCUGUAGCCAAUGGUACAGCUUCUGUAGCCAAUGGUACAGCUUCUAUAUGUAAUGAUACAGCUUCUAUAGCCAAUGGUACAGCUUCUAUAGCCAAUGAUACAGCUUCUAUAGCCAAUGGUACAGCUUCUAUAGCCAAUGGUACAGCUUCUAUAGCCAACGGUACAGGUUCUAUAGCCAAUGGUACAGCUUCUAUAGCCAAUGGUACAGCUUCUAUAGCCAAUGGUACAGGUUCUAUAGCCAAUGGUACAGCUUCUAUAGCCAAUGGUACAGCUUCUAUAGCCAAUGGUACAGCUUCUAUAGCCAAUGGUACAGCUUCUAUAGCUAAUGGUACAGCUUCUAUAGCCAAUGGUACAUCUUCUAUAGCCAAUGGUACAGCUUCUAUAUGUAAUGAUACAGCUUCUAUAUGUAAUGAUACAGCUUCUAUAGCCAAUGGUACAUCUUCUAUAGCCAAUGGUACAGCUUCUAUAGCCAAUGGUACAGCUUCUAUAGCCAAUGGUACAGCUUCUAUAUGUAAUGGUACAUCUUCUAUAGCCAAUGGUACAUCUUCUAUAGCCAAUGGUACAGCUUCUAUAGCCAAUGGUACAGCUUCUAUAUGUAAUGAUACAGCUUCUAUAGCCAAUGAUACAGCUUAUAUAGCCAAUGGUACAGCUUCUAUAUGUAAUGAUACAGCUUCUAUAUGUAAUGAUACAGCUUCUAUAGUCAAUGGUACAUCUUCUAUAGCCAAUGGUACAUCUUCUAUAGCCAAUGGUACAGCUUCUAUAGCCAAUGGUACAGCUUCUAUAUGUAAUGAUACAGCUUCUAUAGCCAAUGGUACAGCUUCUAUAGCCAAUGAUACAGCUUCUAUAGCCAAUGGUACAGCUUCUAUAGCCAAUGGUACAGCUUCUAUAGCCAACGGUACAGGUUCUAUAGCCAAUGGUACAGCUUCUAUAGCCAAUGGUACAGCUUCUAUAGCCAAUGGUACAGCUUCUAUAGCCAAUGGUACAGCUUCUAUAGCUAAUGGUACAGCUUCUAUAGCCAAUGGUACAUCUUCUAUAGCCAAUGGUACAGCUUCUAUAUGUAAUGAUACAGCUUCUAUAUGUAAUGAUACAGCUUCUAUAGCCAAUGGUACAGCUUCUAUAGCCAAUGGUACAGCUUCUAUAGCCAAUGGUACAGCUUCUAUAGCCAAUGGUACAGCUUCUAUAUGUAAUGGUACAUCUUCUAUAGCCAAUGGUACAUCUUCUAUAGCCAAUGGUACAGCUUCUAUAGCCAAUGGUACAGCUUCUAUAUGUAAUGAUACAGCUUCUAUAGCCAAUGAUACAGCUUAUAUAGCCAAUGGUACAGCUUCUAUAUGUAAUGAUACAGCUUCUAUAGCCAAUGAUACAGCUUCUAUAGCCAAUGAUACAGCUUCUAUAGCCAAUGGUACAGCUUCUAUAGCCAAUGGUACAGCUUCUAUAGCCAAUGGUACAGCUUCUAUAGCCAACGGUACAGCUUCUAUAGCCAAUGGUGCAGCUUCUGUAGCCAAUGGUACAGCUUCUGUAGCCAAUGGUACAGCUUCUAUAGCCAAUGGUACAGCUUCUAUAGCCAAUGGUACAGCUUCUAUAGCCAAUGGUACAGCUUCUAUAGCCAAUGGUACAGCUUCUAUAGCCAAUGGUACAGCUUCUAUAGCCAAUGGUACAGCUUCUAUAUGUAAUGAUACAGCUUCUAUAGCCAAUGGUACAGGUUCUGUAGCCAAUGGUACAGCUUCUAUACCCAACGGUAUAUAA